AUGUCUUCACCUCAACCUCUUCGCAUCGCCGUCUUUUCCUGUGGUCCUGUCGAAGGAAAAAUGAACACGGAGCUCGGAUACACUCUCGGCGCCGAAGGAACCCGGGAGCUCUACCACAAGCUGCUCACCGAAAACCCACAGAUCGCCAACCCGCUGGAUCCCACCAAAAAGAUAUUCAACCCUGAGCUCGCCGCGAUCGCCGUAAACUUGCAGACCACAGUCUACGAUGUCUUGGGCGACGGGAAGCCCGUCCCGACCGAUGCCGCCAAUUUUGACGACACCGAUCCUCGUCUCCCUUCUGAAGACGUACUUGGCACCAUUGACGCGAUCAUUGUGUCUGGGUCAGGCGAAAGUGUUCGCUACGUAGAGGACGAACACGAGAGAGGUCAAUGGGAGGGGAAGAUCAGGAGGCUGCAACGGUACCUUCGUUAUGUCAUCGACAACCAUCCGCGCAUCAAAGUAAUUGGCAUCUGCUUUGGGCACCAGAUCCUGUCGUUUGCCAGCGGAAUGGCGGUCGACAGGAACCCUCUAGGGUGGGAGGUUGGCCCCACGAACGUCAUUCUGAAUGAUCUUGGGAAGAGCGUCUUCCAGAAAGGCGCUUUGAUCAUCCAACAGAUUCACCAAGACCAUGUCCUCCUAAACGUUGGUAUUGGUGGGACUGGUGAUAGCGGUAGUGGAGGAUACGGAGCGGCACCGCCGCCCGGCAGUGAACGUCCCAGCGACGAGGUGGUCAUCGACAAGGAUGUUACCCCAAUCGACGGACUUGGCCGUUGGGGCCACUCCGACCUCACCUCGAACCAGGGCAUGGUCAAGUUCACCGAAGACGUGGUGGAUGACCUCGAUGAGCCUACGCUCCAUCUCGGAGCGCUGGAGAAGAUUCACAUCUUCACGUCGCAGGGCCAUCCCGAGCUCGACAGAGACAUGAUCAGAGUAUUGAUCGAGGAUUACAGUGAGCCACAGAAUCCGGGUGGCAUUCCAGCGGAUCGUGCGCUGGCUGCUUUGGCCAGAAACGAAGAUAAGAGCUUCGAGCUCAGCGUUGACGAUCUCGCGAUAGUUUAUUGGCAGAUGCUGAAAGGUGCUUGGAACGCGAAGAACGCGGCGUAGAUAGUCCAAGGUGCAACGAGCGAUAUACUGUGUGUACUAUAGCAGGCCUAAGAGCGAC